AGGCUGUGGGACCUCGAAACAAGGAUGGGUGAAACGGGUGAUGUGUGAAAGUGUCAGAAGCCCCGGGCAGGCUUUUCACUCGUUUAUUGUGUGUUUAUAAAUACAACAGAAAAGGUCAACCGGGCCUGUGUCGGUCUUUGCUCCCAGAGCUCUCAUUAACUGUUGUGAUUUCGGGCAGGCAGCCAGCCUUGGUGUCCUUUGGCUUACCGAUCUCAUAAAUAUAAUACACUAUUUGCAGAGCGUUUUGCACAAUUAAUAUUUAAUUGUAAAGUUCCACGAGAUACCAGCUAAAUACUGUGUCGAGUAAAAUAUUUGCAGUAGGUAUGCAAAACCUACUUUGACAUGCAUGCAAAUUAAAAAUAAACUUAAGAUCCAGGCUGUAGCGCCUCAGGGUGAAUGUUUUGCAUCUGAUGCUUUACUGCCCUACGGGAGGAAUCUGCUGAAAAGAGGACCUGUGGCCGGAACUGCUCCUUGCUACACUCAGGUGGCAGCGAUGCAGCAGAGUAGACCAGAAUGACAGGAGGCAGCCCCUGGGACAGUUGUACCCUGUGCUCAGUAGCUCUUUUUCUAGUACACAGCUGGGUGAAAUCCCCGUUCCAUUUUGAGCAGUAGCGUCUUGAUCUGACUGAAUUUUGCAGGGAGGCUUAGUUCUUUUUAAGCACAGCUUUCAUGAGAGGAAAGGCAAUCACAGUGUUUGUAGGGAUUCUCCAUGGUGAAGAUGGUCAGCCAUGGAAAACAUAUUGCAAUAAUAAUCCAACAGCUUGACAAAUUUAACCCUGAAAUUCAGAGCAUGGAGGAUUUCUUGAAUGAAUCAGCUAAACUGUUGAAGACUCUUAACGUGACAGAACAAGAAUUUGUGUUGGAUACACUAGCUGGAUGCAUAAAAUAUAAAUCCUUAUUGGAUGUAGUAGUCAAUGCCUUUUUUGUUCGGGAUGGGAGAUACUGCCUGAUUGCUGAGCGUAACCUCUAUAUAGUUAUUUGUUACCUGGCUACUUUUCAACUAGAAGAGCUCGGUCUCCAGCACUUCAGCAGAACUGUGAAAUCUCUGGACACUGCAAAAAUGCAAAAGUUUCUUAGAUUCUUCUUCAAUCCCUUGUAUCUGAACACGUGGAUAAAAGAUGAAUGGAGCCGGUUCUACAAUUCACUGUAUGUAAAGGAGAACUGGAUUGAUCCACUGCUGAGAUGGCAGCCAAAAGUACAGCAACUGAUUGAGCAGCUCACAGAUAAGUUAAGUAACCGCACCACCACUGUGAAGACUUCAAUGGUCACUCAGCCGAAGGAAUUCAAUUUGACAGUACCCAAACCACGUGCCAUUCCCAUACCUCUGCCGAUACCAGUACUGGAAAAAGGGCUGCCUGUUCCUCCAAGCACCUACAAAUCUCCAAAGGAAAAAAAGCAACUAGAGCAAAUCAGAACCCAAAAUCGCCGAAAAGCAGAAGAUCUGCUCCUGAAAGCAAAUGCUGACCGGUUCAAGUGUGCAAUCAUGAAGUCUGAAAAGGCAGAGAACAUGCAGUAUGAAGACAGUAUGAAGAGUAAAUUUCAGGCUCGAAAGGUCCAAAGGAAGAUUGACAAUAUACCUAUUAAAUUAAAUGCUGCAGCUAUUUUAAGAGAAGGUGCCCUCUAUCAGCGGAAAAUGGAACAGGAGCUCAAGAGAAUUGAAAAUUUGCUGCAAGGGGCUGGAGACCCAUCUGAAUUCUUGGAAUGGCAAAAACAGAUGCGUGACAAAGAUCUGGAAGAACAGCUGGCUGAAAUAGAGUAUAGGAGGCUUCAAGGAAAACUGAGUUAUGAAGAGGCAGUUCUAGCCCAUCAGAAUGUAAUUCAAGAAAAUAAGAAGAAAGCUGAUCUAAUGAGAGAAGAGAAAGCAGAUCUGAUGCACCAGUAUGAAGAGAAACGUCUGCAGGAACAGCAAGAAGUGAGAGAUCUGGUGGAGCAGGUCACAGAAGGACACAAGAAUGCAAAGGAGGCAAAAAUAAAGCUGCAGAAGUACAAACAGGAGAUAGUUCAGAAAGUUUGUGAAGAAAAGGAAGAACUUCGUCGGCAAGCCUUAGAAGAAGAUGAGGAGAAGCUCAGGAAAAGAUCUGAACUGAUUCAACAAAUACGACUUAUUGGGUCCUUACCAAGCAUUAGACACAAGUUUGUUGAUUUAACAGAGACUGGUGGCCACGGUUUAACUUGUGAAAUGUCAAUAGUGGAACUACGUGAACGCCUCGCUCUGCUCAGAGAAGAACAGAAGGCGGCAGAGGAAGAGAAGAGAGACCGGAUAAUUUAUGAAAAACAAGCUAAGGAACAACUUCUUCUAGACAAACUGGACCAGAUUUUGGUAUUCAGAGCAGAACUCAGCCGAGCAGCUGCUUUAAAGAAAGAAGAAGAGAAAGGAAAGCCCCAGUCUGGUGAAAGGCCUGUGAAAGAUGAGCGCAUUUUAAACCUGCAGAAGAGGAUUGUAGAAAAAAAAAUGGAGCGUAAAAAGCAAGAAGGACUCUCAAAGAUUACCCCCCAGAAAAGCAGCAUCGCAUCAAGGAAGGACACUUUCCAAUGGAACCAUUGGAAUGAACUGGAAGACAGUCGGGAAAGACAGUUCAAGAUCUUUCAGCAUGGCUUCAUGGCCAGAGAAACAGCUCAGAAAAUGUCUGCCUAUGAGGAAGCAAGAAGUGGAGCCAAAGUCUGUAUAUUGCACUCUGAAGUAAAAUAAACUACAAAUUCUGGCCUCCUGGAAAUCUACCAGUGUGCCUGUUUACUACAAGGUUGGAUUUUACUCUUUAUUUCAACUUUUUAGUGUGAUGAGAAAAAUUUGGAUCAUACAGGCACAACAGAAUAAAAAUGCAUUCAUUUUUUUGUAAUAGAAUUUUAUUUUUAUGCUAUAAUGAUACUUUUUUAUUGUUAGAAUCAAAAGCUUCAAGAAACCAAAACCUUACCAUUACAGCUUGUACAGCAGAAUGGCAAAAACGUGGCUAAGAAUGCUGAGAUCUGUAUUUCUGUUAUCAUUGUGUCCUGUGCCAUGGAGUUUGCUAUGCUCAUUUUUUGAAAGAAUAAAAAUGAGGGCAAAACCCAAGCAACAUUUGCUUACAUAUGCUUCUUCAGAAGGUAUGGGCAGCUGAAGUUCCUCACAAGUCUUCUAACAGGACAGUAACUGUGUAAGAGGAUGAUCAGUUUCAACACUGAUUUUAGAGGAUGAGGAAAGAACUGUUUAGAAGGUUUAGAUGAUGUAACAGCUUCCAGGAGCCAGAGGCUAGAUUCAGUCACCCAGAAAGAGUACUAUCAUGGAUAUGAAUCUCUGCAGACUUUAAAAGCAGAAAGAGAACAUAACAUUGUUUGAUCUCUUUAGGGAGCUGCUUCCAGAAAAAGUCAAAAUUCUCUUACUCACCUAAAAGAUAAUUUGUCCUCUACACAAUUUCUAAAUUGUGUAAAACAGCCUUUAAAUCACAAGACUUACUCUAGGCACCAAGGCAAGAAGGAUAUAAAUCCAAAUGAAUAUCUGCACAGCAGUAUGGCUAUAUGAUAUAUUUCUGUUUUAUCUCAAUGCCAGUUACUACGUGUUUAACUAUGGCUAUUGCAAAUAUUUAAAUUGAAGGAAAGUGUAGCUGACAUUAGUCGGGCAGCUGCUUUUAAUGCUCUCACAAUAGUGAGAAAUGUAAUUCUCACUUUUUACUAAAGGAAGUCUAAUGGAAUUCUUUUGUUGCCAUCUAGCUGUGAAGAUCACUUCCACAAUCCGCAAACUGAUAACAUGCUGUAUAUUUUAAUCAAAGUAAAUGCGAUGUAGGGCUUACGUUCCAUAGGAAGAGUUAAAGAACACAGGAGAGAGAAAAGAAAGAAGCACAGCAAGGGAACUACAGAGAAGAGGGAACUACAACCCAGUGUCUAGUAGGGGAUUGCAAUAGCUUAAAUCAAUAAACUCUUGGUGGCAGGGA